AUGGACCUUUUUAACUCUGCUUUAGGAAAAAACAUCACCUUUGUGCGACCUGCAUAUUUCAUUGUCAGAGGAUUCAUUGGUAUACCAAAUGUUGAUUAUUACUAUAUCUUUCUAUUAUUUGUCUAUAUUGUUUCCGUGGCGGGAAACACAACUGUGAUGGCUCUGAUUUAUCUGGAUCACAAUCUGAAGACUGCCAAGUAUGUAGCGGUUUUUAACCUUGCCUUUGUGGAUUUGUUGGGGAGCACAGCUCUUGUUCCAAAGGUCAUCGAUAUCUUUUUGUUUGAUCACUACUAUGUUCCAUACAAUGAGUGUAUGACAUUCUUAUUUUUCUGCUUUACCUGUCUGUCAAUGCAGGCUCUUAACCUAGUUGCUCUUUGCUAUGAUCGCCUGGUUGCUAUCAUGUUUCCUCUGCACUAUCAAGUCAGAGUCACACACAAGAUCAUGCUUUCGAUUGUUUUCUUUUUUUGGCUCUUUGUCAUAACAGCUGUUUUAAUUACUGUUGGUCUUUUAACAAGACUUUCCUUCUGCGAUUCACUUGUAAUCAACAGUUAUUUCUGUGACCAUGGCCAAAUCUAUAAGCUUGCGUGCAAUGACAACACUCCCAGUUUAAUAAUAGGAAAUCUGCUGAUCGCUAUUAUUCUGUGGGUUCCUCUUGUAAUUAUCAUGUCUAGUUAUGUUUGUAUUGGUCACACUCUGGUAAAGAUUUCUACAGCUCAUGAAAGGGUCAAAGCCUUGAAAACAUGUACAGCUCAUCUUUCAUUGGUUGCAAUCUAUUUUAUACCAAUUUUAAUCACUUUCACAAUGAGAGCAAACAUACAUCCAAAUGCCAGGAUCAUAAACCUCUCUCUGACCUCUGUUUUCCCUCCAAUGCUAAACCCAAUCAUUUAUGUUCUACAGACACAAGAAAUCAGAGCAUCACUCAGAAAACUGUUUAAAAUCAGAAAGCAGUCAAGGGUUAUUGGGAAGUAGUUUGUGUAAUAAAAAGUCAAACUAAUCUUUUGCUGUAGAUAUUUGAACAUUAUUUUAAAGCAAGUAUCAUUCAUUUAUUCUAAAGAUAUUUAUCUUAAAAAGCUGUCUAGUAAUAGAUGAGUUAUGACUAUUUUAUAUAAAGGUUUCUAAGCUUUGUAACUUAAGGAACAGAAGACAGCAUCAAUACUAAAGAAGUCUGUAAAUGUUUAAAAUAAACAUUUUUGAGAAGGCACAGCUUUUCUUGUAAUUGAUAUUGAUCAUUUAAACAUGUAAGUGUUAUGUUAUCCAAACUCAUGUAGUUAAUUCUCAAUGUAGCUAAAACAAGCAGAUUUUUUUAAAAUUACUUUACCCUGACUAAUUGGAUUUGGAGGUUUAAUUUUUUUAAUUGGUGCAACAAUGCAUACUAUGCAUCUUUGUGUUACUACUGAUGUGUCAUGUCUUAAGCUCAUC